AUGAGUCGGAAAACGCGACGUUGGAUUUUCAGAGUUUUACUGUGUCUCGGGAUUGUUUAUUUGAAAAUUGGUGGUUUCUCGUCGGUGGUGGCCCUAGGUGCGAGUAUAAUCUGUAACAAGAUCCCGGGUUUGGCCCCAAGACAGCGGAUAAUCUGCCAAAGUCGCCCCGAUGCCAUUAUCGUUAUCGGAGAGGGAGUGCAAAUGGGCAUCAACGAGUGUCAGUUUCAGUUCAAAAACGGCCGCUGGAACUGCUCCGCGCUGGGGGAGCGGACCGUCUUCGGAAAAGAGUUGAAAGUGGGCAGCAAAGAGGCCGCCUUCACCUACGCCAUCAUCGCUGCGGGAGUGGCCCACGCCAUCACGGCGGCGUGCACACAGGGCAAUCUGAGCGACUGCAGCUGUGACAAAGAGAAGCAGGGCUUCUACAGCAAAGACCAGGGCUGGAAGUGGGGAGGCUGCUCCGCCGACAUCACCUACGGCCUGCACUUCUCCAAAGUCUUCAUCGACUCCCGGGAAGUGAAGCAGAACGCCCGCACGCUCAUGAACCUGCACAAUAACGAGGUCGGCAGGAAGAUCCUGGAGAAGAACAUGCGGCUGGAAUGCAAGUGUCACGGCGUCUCCGGCUCGUGCACCACCAAAACCUGCUGGACCACCCUCCCCAAGUUCCGCCAGCUCGGCUACAUUCUCAAGGAGAAGUAUACCCAGGCCGUGCACGUGGAGCCCGUCAAAGCCAGCCGCCACAAGCGCCCCAAAUUCCUCAAGAUCAAGAAGCCCUACUCGUACCGCAAACCCAUGGAUACGGAUUUGGUUUACAUAGACAAGUCGCCCAACUACUGCGAGGCGGAUCCGGUGACGGGCAGCUUGGGCACGCAGGGGAGAGUGUGCAACAAGACAAUGAUGCAGCACACUAGCGGCUGCGACCUGAUGUGCUGCGGGCGCGGCUACAACACGCACCAGUACUCGCGGGUCUGGCAAUGCAACUGCAAGUUCUUGUGGUGCUGCUACGUCAAGUGCAACACGUGCAGCGAGAGGACAGAGGUGUACACGUGCAAGUGA